GAUGGAUAAUGAGAUCAAUAAUUAAGAUUAAUAAUAACAAUAAUUUCUAGUUGAUGAAAGUAUUAAACCAUAGAAUGUAUUUACUAAUAAUCUUAUCACAUCUAAUAGAAGAAGUUACACAAAUUUUUCUUAAUCUCAACUUAUUUAAUCAAAUCUCUCUUAAUUAUUAGAAUAAGUCUUAAUGCAUAUUUUAUCUGAAUAACUAAUAGAAAUGGGUUCAUUUAUAGUUGUAGAUAAAUGUGAUUUAGAAUUAUUUUGCUAAAAACUGUCUGUUUAACCACUUAAAGAUUUUAUAUUAAAUUAGGAUAGCUCUAAAUUACAUCAUUAAUAGUUAUAUCAUUAUUAAAAUUAUGAAAAAGAUUUAGAUUUAAUUAAAGCAUAGAUUGACUAAAGAAAAUUAAGAAUGUUGAUAUUUUAAUGUAAUAAACUUGUUUUAACAUACAAAUCUAUUCAAUUAUUGAUUAAUAAAUUUAAAGUACAGAUGUAUGCUAAUUCUAUUGAUGGUGAAUUAAGUAGAUUACAGUGUUACCAUCUACUUGAAAAAAUUCAAUAAGAACUUUCUUAAAUAUAGAAAUAUCACGAUGUUGUUAAAUAAAGAUUAGCAGAGAAAAAUGAAAUUGCUUAAUUUUUAAAUUAUCCAAUAAAAGAUGUAUAUAAAUAAGAAAUUAAAAGAUAAUUUUGUUUAUUAUUCAUUCAAAUAGAUUAAUAAUUAUACCCUUAAAAAUAGAAAACGGAAAUUUAACCAACUUUAACAAUUAAUAAAAAACUUCCUAGUCAUCGAUAAUCUACUAUUACUUUAUUAAAACCUGGCAAACAUGCUUAAUCUAUUUCUAAUGAUAAUAGAAUAAGUGAAGCAACUUCAAUUAAAAGUAAAAUUACAUAACAUUUUUAUUCAAUUGAUAAAAGAAUUAAUGAUACAAUGUCUUAAAAAUAAUUGUCUUUCUUUUAAAAAUAUAAAACCAAAUUUUCCACUACAUUAUAUGACUCAUUUACAAUGAAAUUAUUAGAAAAUAUAUAUUUAUCCAUUUAAACUAAUUUUCUUAUUAAUAAUAUAGAAGAAGUAUUUGAAAAAUAUAAUGAUAAUAUUAAUCUUUAACAAUUAUAAUCAAUUAUGAAAUUACUGAAAACAUAAAUAUGUAUUAAUAUAUUUGAACAAAUUAUAAACUCUAAAUCUAUUUAACUUAAUGAAGAACUAUGUGCUAAAGAUCUUAAAACAAAAUGCAAAUAAGAUCUAAAAAUAAUAUCAGAUAUUUUUACAUAAGAAUAACUUAUAAAAUUACAUUAAAAUAUUCAUCAUUUAAAUUAAUUGACAACUUCAUAUUUAAAUUAAUUAGACAUAAUAAUCCAUUAAAUAUUAGAUGACAAUAAAAAUACAAUUAAUUUUGAUGUACUUUAAAUCUAGGUAGCUGUUUAUCAAUUAUCAGAAGAAAUCCUAUCUAAAUUGUAUGGUUAAACCUUAUUGAUGCUUAAAUAUAUCCAAAAUAAUAGUAUCAUUUUAUUGUAAUCUUUAUCAAAUUUCCUAUCCAAAACUAAUUUUUCAGAAUAACAUAUACUCCUUUAUCCAUUUCAUUAGUUGGCAUCGGCUAUCAAUAAAACCAUAAAUUAAGUGUUACAUCAAGCCUAAAAUGAAAUUGUAAGUAAUCUACUUUUUGAAACUUAUAUUUGCAUUAUUUCAAAGCAUAUGAUUGAUAGAAGAUAAUUAUAUAUUGAAUAGUUAAAUCCAUAAAGUAAAUAAAUUAUGUUACAAAUUUCUUAAAUCAUUUAAGGAAAAUAGCUAAAAUAGUAGAUUCACUCUUAUUCACAAUAAAAAGUUAUUUUAUAUGAUCUUAAUGAAAUUUAAUAAUCUAUUGAAUGGCUAUUUGAUUAACAUAUCCUUAAGAAACAAAUCAAUAGAAAUUUAGAUUCAAUUGAAGAAUUUUCAUUUUUUAUCCCAUAAAUAAUUUCAUAAAUAAAGGCACUUUUUGAGGAGGAAUUUUUUAAUGAAAAUAUUAAAUAUAAUCGUAUUGCAUCCUAAUUAUAGCUAUUUGAAAAUUAUGUUAAAUAAGAAAUACUUAAGAAAUCAUCAGAAUAGCAAUUAAAAAUUCAAUGGUCAAACAAAAUAUUUAGACUCUUCCAUAAAAUCAAUAAUGAAUAUUUACCUACAUCAAGAGCAACAACAAGAAGAAAAUAAACAACAGAACCAAAAACAUUGGAAUAUCAAACUGUUAUGUAGAGCCCUAUUCCAUCUUCAUAAUAAUAAAAACUAACAAUUUUUAAGCAAAGUAUANACAAUGUCUUAAAAAUAAUUGUCUUUCUUUUAAAAAUAUAAAACCAAAUUUUCCACUACAUUAUAUGA